GUUAUGAAGACAUCCAUAUUACAUUUUUAGUCUAGGCAACGAGAAUUAUCGAAAUAGCUAACUACUACGUACUACUUAUAUAUAUUCUUACCUUGGGAGGCCUUCCUUCCUUUUUUCCCCAAAUCAAAACAUUAAAAGUUAAAGGGGAAUUCAUGAUUAUUAUACUUUAUUACUUCUGGGAAACCUCCUUCUACUAAGGCUUCUAGUACCUACAUAGUACCUAACCUACCUAACCUAACUACUAGUUUACCACAGGUUACUACGUAUAGAGUUAUAUCCGAACUUAUAGACGCAUACGGCCCCAUAUAUGCACAUAUGGGGACGGAGGCGGCUGUACGACUCCGCGCUUCAUUUCAAAGUCCUACAUAGCAACAUAGCGAUUUUAAGUCUUACCUGACAUUUCACAUUAUAACCAUUAUAAUCAUUUUCAUUAUUUAUUAUACCUUUACCCCUUUUCUCUAUCUCUCUAUCUCCCUCCUCCCUCCCCUUCCCUCUCUCUCCCUCUCUUUCGGAUAUUCGGCUCUCUUUCUUCGGCUCACCUCCAGCUAUCUCAUUUACCCUUUGCCGCACGAGCGCUCGUCCUUUUAGAAGGCACAUAACGGCACAUCACCUUAGUCAGGAGGGCGGUUUAAAGUGAGGGCCGCAAAGAUCGAUCGAUACCUAGUAUAUAUGAUUGGGCUCUUACGACAGGCGAAACGAGAGGCGGCACCAUGAAUGUCAAUUUGCCAAUUCGAUCGUCGCCGAGUUUAAGGAAUCAGGCUAGUAGAAAUUAUUUUACCAAUUACACCCCGCCAUCGUCCACAGAAGCCGUCAAUGGCCCGGUGCGCGAACCCGCUCGCAGUCAUUUCAUCAUCAACGACCGCCUGAUAGUUGGUGUUGACUUUGGCACCACCUUCUCCGGAGUAGCUGCAGUAUAUACGUCGACACCAGAUGAUAUCGAAAUCAUCAAGACGUGGCCGGGAGGAAAUGGCAUCACGUCGGACAAGGUUCCUACUGAGAUAUCAUAUGAUUUCCCCCCUAAUUCACCUCCAGGGACUACUCCUACAGUAAAAUGGGGGUUUCAAUUCAAGCCGGAGGAGUCCCGGUUGCGAUGUAUCAAGCUGUUUCUCGAUCGAUCUCAAAAACUCCCUUUCUACGUUAGUCCUCAGGAGACAGCCACGCAACUCAAGACGUAUCACAAGACAGUAGUUGAUGCCGUCAGCGACUAUCUCACGGAGAUUUAUAAACAUACCAUGGAUACCCUCACUAGGCGAUACGGCGAAUCUUUUAUGGCGUCAACCAAUGUAGACUUUGUAUUGACUUGUCCAGCUGUGUGGUCCGAUGCCGCAAAGAACACGACAUUGCAAGCCGCUGAGAAGGCUGGCAUGGGCCUGAAGUCGGAGAUCCAGAUGGUUAGCGAACCUGAGGCCGCUGCAGUUUACACUCUCAAGGCUAUCCAGCCAAAUCAUCUUAGCGUGGGAGAUAAUUUUGUGGUAUGCGAUGCUGGUGGUGGGACGGUAGACUUGAUCGCCUAUAAAAUCAUCUCACUGAAACCGCUGAGGGUAGAAGAGUCAGCCGUCGGGACGGGUGGCCUCUGCGGAAGUGCGUUUUUAAACUAUAGAUUCGAAGAACAUGUCCGAAGCCGACUAGGCCCUAGCCGAUUUGAGGAGAUGAAGACAAAAAAGGCGAAGACGUGGCAAAUGGGUCUUCGAUACUUUGAGGAGUUUGUCAAGAGAAACUUCAACGAGGAUGAAUACCAAGAAGUCAAUGUUCCAUUCCCAGGACUCCCCGACGACGAAGAUGCCCGGGUCGAUUCUGGGUUCCUGGUCAUGACAGCUGAUGAAGUCAAGGAGAUUUUUGAGCCUGUUGUCAAGGAAGUUUGCGACCUAGUGCAAGGUCAGGUAGACACCAUCCGAACCAGGGGAGGUAUCGUAUCCGGUAUCAUACUCGUCGGCGGUUUCGGUCAGAGUGAUUAUCUCUAUCGACGGCUAAAGGCGCAUUUUACGAGCGCGGCCCCGCCACCGUACACGGAACGGCCAACCCAUACAUCUAGCGCAGCAUCAUUCGAUAGCAGUAACAAUAUCGAAGUCAUGCAGCCUGUCUACGCGUGGACAGCAGUGGUCCGAGGUGCUGUGCUUCGCGGGCUCGAGGGCAACAUGGUUAUUAGUAGGAAGGCGCGCAUGCAUUAUGGAACGUCCUACGCAACCGUUUAUGACGAAGAGAAACAUACCGUCAACGAAAGGUACUGGAGCCCCUUGUGGGAGCGCUGGAUGGUCAGUGACCGGAUGCAGUGGCAUAUCGCUAAGGGCGAAGCCAUAUCCCCCCUAUCCCCGAUCGCGUUCCACUACACGCGCAACUUCCGACCGGGGCAGUCGCUCAUCGUGACGGACGACCUCAUCGCGUCGGACGCAGACGAGCCACCAGUAGCGUACUCGCGCGACCUCAUCCACGUGUGCACCUUGACGACGGACCUGAGCGCGGUGCCCAGCAGCCUGUUUACGCGACUCACGACGACCAGGGGCGUUGAGUUCGAUAACCUCGACUUCACCCUCGAGAUGAUCGUCGAUAGCGCCGGUCUCGGCUUCGAGCUCAAGGUCGACGGUAUUAGGUACGGUCGCGUGGAAGCUGAGUUUCAUUAGGAUUGGCACGUCUACAAUCUAAUAAGACUCUGUAGAGAUAGAAGGGGGGAAGAAAGAGAACAGAAUACUUGGGCUCAUGUAAGGCUACUGAGGAUAGGUUUGGUUUGGUUUGGUUUGGUU